AUGAAUCAGGAACUGCUCUCUGGGGGCAGCAAGAGGCGACGAACUGGUGGAUCUCUUCGAGGUAAUGCUUCCUCAAGCCAAGUAGAUGAGGAGCAGAUGAAUCGGGUUGUGGAAGAGGAGGAGCAGCAGCAAAGACGACAACAAGAGGAGCAGCACAUUGGGAGGAAUGGGGAGAUAGGAGGAGAAGAACCUGGAUUUGAUGACAGGCAUGAGUCUCAGCUCCAGUAGCCUCAUGGACUUGCUAUCACGGUGGAUGAAGAAUCCACUUGUAACCAAGAGGAAGAUGAUGAUGAACAUGCUGGUGAUCAAGAGGAAGAGGUGGAAGAGGAGGAGGAAAUGGACCAGGAGAGUGAUGAUUUCGAUCAGUCUGAUGACAGCAGUAGAGAAGAUGAACACGCUAACAGUAACAGUGUCACAAAUUCCAGUAGCCUCAUGGACUUGCCCAUUCAUCAGUCAUCGCCAUUCUACAUAAAGACAAAG